AUGAGUAUCUCAGCUCUGGGAGGCAGCACCAAAGGGAAGUCUCUGCCACCAGGUGAGGAGGAGCGCAAUAACGUCCUCAAGCAGAUGAAAGUGCGAACCACACUGAAGGGUGACAAGAGCUGGAUCACCAAGCAAGAUGAAUCGGAGGGUCACACCAUAGAGCUGCCCUCAUGCCGGAAUCGUGCCACAUCCUUUUCAUCAGCUGGAGAGAUCGCGAAGGCCAGGCCUCCAAGUACAGGGGCUCCCACUGGCUAUAUCAUCCGGGGAGUAUUCACCAAGCCCAUAGACAGCUCAUCCCAGCCACAGCAGCACUUUCCCAAGACCAACGGAGCUCCAAAAAGUGCUGCUGGUGUGAUGGGAGCAACUAACUUUGGCCCUCCCCGCCCCUCCUCCUCUGGCUACAAGAUGACCACUGAGGAUUACAAGAAGCUGGCACCCUACAACAUCAGGCGCAGCUCCACUUCAGGGGCUGAGGAAGAAGAAGUGCCCUUCUCUUCAGAUGAGCAGAAACGGAGGUCAGAGGCUGCAAGCAGUGUGUUGAGGAAGACAGCCCCACGAGAACACUCCUAUGUCUUGUCGGCAGCCAAGAAGAGCACUGGUCCUACACAGGAGUUGCAGACCCCAUUUGUUGCAAAAAGGGUUGAGGUGGUGGAUGAGGACGGGCCUUCUGAGAGGAGCGAGGUAUCACCUGAUCUGGCAAGACCCACUCCUGGCUUGAGCAGUGAGGAUGGAGGCAGAAUCAAAGUGUGUCAGGCGACUCAGAUCAAGUGCAUGUUGAGUGUGCCUAGCUCCUCUGGGAGCCAGGAACUGAGCUCCAGAGGUGAGGAGAUUGUCCGCCUGCAGAUCAUGACGCCCAGGGCAGGACUCCGCCUGGUGGCCCCAGACCUUGAAGGCGUGAGGUCUUCCCCAGGCCACAAAGACAAGGAGGUACCCUGCUCCAUAGAGCUCAAGAGAGACUCCGCUGGUGAGAAGACCUUCAAGGGCCCCAUCACAGAUUCUGAAAGAUCAACUACACUGUUGAGUGAUGGCAACGUGGAAUCCGGAGCCACAGGGUCUCCACCAGAAGGCUUAGCUGGAGCAGACAUUGGCUCAGAGAGAACAGGGUUGGGCUCAGCUGCCAGCUUCACCCCUUUCCUGGAUGAUCAAGAUGUAUAUGGUGCCAACUCUCACUCCUGCAAGCUUGGACCAGUGGCCAUCAGCUCCAGUACUACUUUGGCCUCUGCCUCGCUGGCUGAUAGGAAGAAUGACAGUGCAGACCUGGAAGAUACAAAGGCAGACUCCAAGGGGUAUAUUGAGAAGAGGGUAGAGAGGGAUGAGGAAGUAGGGCUGCCUGGAGGUUGUAAAGGCGAGGAAGGGCGGACCCCAAGCUUGCAGGGACCUGAGUUGCAGACGCAGACUUUGUGCGCCUGCACGUGUCAAACCCAAUGCAAUCUUAACCGAGCCAUGCGCGCCUGCGCCUUGGUGAAACUGCGCCGGCGCAUGCGCCUGCGCACAUGUGCGUCUGCCCGCGCGGCCACUAGAGUCGGCGCCUAG